CAAUUGGGCUCCAAGCACAGAGUGCGGGAUUCCAACCAGCACAGCAUGGAACGUCACAGCUGUUCGCACCUUUGGGAGGAAACAACGGCGCAGUAGGUGGAGCACCAGCAUUGGCGAGCAAUCCUCUCGCGACUUCUGCAGGAGCAGGACCAUUUCAGAUGAGUACAGUAACGCCAGGAGCUGGUCAGCCGAACUUUCUUCAGUUUGCGAACGCUACGACAAGGACAACGACGCAGAACAAUUUUAACGCCGCGGUCGUUAUGCCUGGCGUUCCGACUUCAGCCGAGACCCGCCAUAAAGGAUCUUACGAUUAUGGCAGAAUGAUGCAGCAGGUUGCUGGAACGACGAAUCCUGGAGAUCCGCAGCGUCAAGAAAGUAACCAACAAGGCUCAUGGCACUGGGACUGGGACCGGAAUAAUUGGCAAUGGUGGGGGGGCGGCAAUGAUUCGAGUUCUGCAUGGAACAAGCCCUGGCCGGAAUGGGACUACGAUCGAAAUUGUUGGAAAAUCGACACGAAUCAGAAAAAAAUUGGACACAGAGAUAGUCCAAGUGCGACCAGACAAGAUGAUCGACACAACCGCGAGGGUAAAGCAAGGAGUCGAAGUGCUAGUCCGGUACACCGCAACAAUUCUGCAAGCCCAAGACGAGAUCGCUCAAACUCUCCCAGCGCAGGCGAGCAGUUAUCAAGGUCACCUUCACCGACUGCGAGACCACGAAAUCGAAGCGAUUACAGGUCAGAAUAUCAGCGCCAAUAUAGUGCGCAAAGUCUGAAAUCUGGGAAAAGCCGAAGUCCUUCGCGUGCAAUGUUGAGGGGGG